UCGCCAGCGGAUCCCGCGCGCUGGAGAAGUGCAGUUCCUCUUGGUUACCAACUCGUCCGUUCUCCCUCCGUGGUGCGGGCGCCCUCGAAGAGCACUCACCACAGACACAGCCAGUCCUCCCUACAGUGCCGCCACUGCUGUUGCAUCCGCCCGGAACUAGUGCGCUGUCUUCCUCCCUUGCCACUGACAGGCGCCCUCGGGGAGCCGCCGUCAGCGAUGUCAAGCGAGGAAAGCUACCAGGCCAUCCUGCGCUACCUGACGAACGAGUGCGAGCCGUACGCGCCGGGCACCGAGGGUAAUGUCAAGCGUAAAAUCCGCAAGGCGGCCGCCUGCUACGUGGUGCGCGACGGAACGUUGUAUUACCAGCGGCGGCAGCGGCACCGCAAGACCUUCGCCGAGCUGGAGGUGGUGCUGCAGCCCGAGCGGCGCCGGGGGCUUAUCGAGGCUGCGCACCUGGGCCCGGGCGGCACUCACCACACCCAGCAUCAGACCUGGCACGACUUGUCCAAGACGUACUGGUGGCGAGGUAUAUUAAAGCAAGUCAAAGAUUACAUUAAACAGUGUAGCAAAUGCCAGGAGAAACUAGAUCGAUCCCGUCCUAUAUCAGAUACUUCAGAAAUGUUGGAAGAAUUGGGACUAGACCUUGAAUCUGGAGAAGAAAGUAAUGAAUCAGAGGAUGACCUGAGCAACUUUACUUCGCCUCCAACUACAGCUUCCAAGCCUGCAAAAAAGAAGCCAGUAUCCAAACAUGAACUUGUAUUUGUUGACACCAAAGGAGUGGUGAAACGUUCUUCUCCAAAACAUUGUCAGGCUGUCUUAAAACAGCUGAACGAACAGAGACUCUCUAACCAGUUCUGUGAUGUUACUUUGUUAAUUGAAGGAGAAGAGUACAAAGCUCAUAAAUCUGUUCUGUCAGCUAAUAGCGAAUAUUUUCGAGAUCUUUUUAUUGAGAAAGGAGCUGUUUCCAGUCAUGAGGCAGUGGUGGAUCUUUCUGGCUUUUGUAAGGCAAGCUUCCUUCCUUUACUGGAAUUUGCCUACACUUCUGUGCUAAGUUUUGACUUCUGUAGCAUGGCUGAUGUAGCCAUCUUGGCUCGUCAUCUUUUCAUGUCAGAAGUUUUAGAAAUCUGUGAAAGUGUACAUAAACUAAUGGAAGAGAAGCAGCUAACAGUAUAUAAGAAGGGUGAGGUACAAACAGUUGCAUCUACACAGGACUUACCAGAACAAAAUGGAGGUACAGCACCUCCUGUGGCUAACAACGAGGGAACCACAACAACUUUAUCCACUGAACUUGGGGAUUGUGAAAUUGUACUGCUGGUGAAUGGAGAAUUGCCAGAGCAGAAUGGAGAGCUAGGACAACAGCCUGAGCCCCAGGUUUCUUCACAGACCGAAGCUGCUCUGUCACCUGUAGGCUGUGUAACUGAUUCCCAUUCUGAAAUGGAGUCUGUUGAUUUAGUAACAAAAAACAGCCAGACAGAACUAGAAACUUUAAACAGCAGAGAAGAUGACACAGUCUCUAAUACUCAUCCUAAGCUUUCAAAAGAGAAUGUAAUCAGUAGCUCUCCAGAAAACAGUAAUAUGGGAAAUGAUACAGCAACAGAGGAUAUCUGUGCUGAAGAUAUUUCAGAGCAUAGGCAGAACCUUGGCCAGUCUUUAAAAGAUCAGGAAAAUCUAGUUGAACCGACAGCACAGACAGACCAUAGUCCCGAUGAUGAUGAUACUUACAGAAGCAGGCUUCGGCAGCGUUCUGUUAACGAAGGGGGAUAUAUCCGACUACACAAAGGAAUGGAGAAGAAGCUGCAGAAACGGAAAGCCAUUCCCAAGUCAGCAGUUCAACAGGUGGCUCAGAAAUUAGUUCAAAGAGGAAAAAAGAUGAAACAACCAAAAAGGGACGCUAAAGAGAAUACCGAAGAAGAAGCAUCCCAUAAAUGUGGGGAAUGCGCAAUGGUUUUUCAGAGACGAUAUGCUCUUAUAAAGCACAUACUGAAACAUGAAAGAGCUAGAGAUUACAAGUGUCCAUUGUGUAAGAAACAGUUUCAGUACAGUGCCUCCUUGAGAGCACACCUUAUUCGACAUACCAGGAAAGAUGCACCUACUUCAUCCUCUUCCAGUUCUGCAUCUAAUGAGGCAUCAGGAUCAUCGUCUGAGAAGGGCAGAACCAAACGAGAAUUUAUAUGUUCGAUAUGUGGAAGGACAUUACCUAAAUUAUAUUCUCUUCGAAUACAUAUGUUAAAGCACACAGGGGUAAAACCACAUGCAUGUCAGGUCUGUGGAAAGACUUUCAUCUACAAGCACGGUCUAAAAUUACACCAGAGUCUCCAUCAAUCACAAAAGCAGUUCCAGUGUGAACUAUGCGUUAAGUCAUUUGUUACCAAACGGAGUCUUCAGGAACAUAUGAGUAUUCACACAGGAGAGUCCAAGUACCUUUGCUCAGUUUGUGGAAAGUCUUUUCACAGGGGCUCUGGGCUCAGCAAGCACCUAAAGAAACACCAGCCAAAGCCUGAAGUUCGAGGCUAUCAUUGUACUCAAUGUGAAAAAAGUUUCUUUGAAGCUAGAGAUCUUCGCCAGCACAUGAACAAACAUCUUGGUGUGAAGCCAUUCCAGUGCCAAUUUUGUGAUAAGUGCUAUAGUUGGAAGAAAGAUUGGUAUUCCCAUGUGAAGUCUCACUCUGUCACUGAGCCUUACAGGUGUAAUAUAUGUGGCAAAGAAUUUUAUGAAAAGGCAUUGUUCAGAAGGCAUGUAAAGAAAGCUACCCAUGGAAAAAAAGGAAGAGCGAAGCAAAACCUGGAACGGGUGUGUGAACAAUGUGGAAGAAAAUUCACUCAGCUGAGAGAGUAUAGGAGACACAUGAACAACCAUGGAGGAGUUAAGCCAUUUGAGUGCUUAACGUGUGGAGUAGCUUGGGCUGAUGCCCGAUCUCUAAAACGCCACGUCAGAACACAUACAGGUGAACGGCCCUAUGUCUGUCCCGUAUGUAGUGAAGCCUACAUAGAUGCUCGAACACUCCGUAAACAUAUGACUAAAUUCCACAGAGAUUAUGUGCCUUGCAAAAUUAUGCUGGAAAAAGAUACCCUUCAGUUUCAUAACCAAGGAACUCAAGUGGAGCAUGCUGUUAGCAUCUUAACAGCAGAUAUGCAGGAACAAGAAAACAGCGGUCCUCAAGAACUUGAAACUGUGGUAGUGACAGGAGAAACUAUGGAAGCUCUCGAAGCUGUUGCAGCUACUGAAGAAUGUCCGUCAGUAUCUACACUUUCUGACCAAAGUAUUAUGCAAGUGGUUAACUAUGUGUUAGCACAACAGCAAGGACAGAAGCUAUCUGAAGUUGCAGAAGCUAUUCAAACUGUUGAAGUAGAGGUGGCCCAUAUUUCAGAAACAGAGUGAAUGUAGUAAUGGAGAUGAACAGAAGGGACAUCUCACAUAAAUUGAACUCACAGAACAUUUGUUUACAGUGCUAUGUGGCUGUCCGCCUAGAGUUUGUAUGUCAAGGCUCUGGGCUGUUUUGGUGGUGUUUUAACAUUUCUAAACGGUUUGUCUGGCUAAUGGGUUCUGUAGAAAAGUCCAUUUACUGUAAAGAAAUUGAAAACAAAUCUAUUUGAUGGCAGUGGAUUAUCAUGGUAUACUUUUUAUGAAUUAAUGUUUAUAAAGAACUGUACUAAAUAAAUUAAAAACCGUACAGUUUCAUUUGUAUUUUGACAUUAUUAUAUACUUUGAGUUUAAAAGGCUGUACUA